AUGCGUCUCAGGGUUUUGAUCCAAGAUGUCACCCAGCUCCUUUUCUUGGGCUCUAUCGCCUUCUACGGGAAAUAUGGUGUAGAGGCCAGCGCUGACACACGCCUUGGUGCUACUGUUCGUGAACGGACCCGACUCCAUUCUGGCUGGAAAUUUUUGCAUUCACCUACCACGCCAGAUGGCGUGACCUACAGCUUGCGGCCUGACAAUGAAAGCGAGGACUUGGAGGAGCUGCGAGAUUGGGUCCUUCCUGUUGCAAACGAGUUCAUUGCUGACGCCGAUCAACACUACAACAGGCCUGAUUUUGAGCCCAAGGUUGACAUUGAGUAUGUAGCCGAUGGCUUCGAUGAUAGGAACUGGACUUCAGUCACAGUUCCUCAUGACUGGGCCAUAACGGGAGACUUUGUUGGCUCUUCGGAGGUGCUUGGCGAUAUGGGUAGCUUGCCAGUUCGAGGCGUCGGCUGGUACCGCCAGAAGCUGUCUUUCACGAAGAACGACAAAGAUAAGUCAAUCUACCUUGACGUUAAAGGAGCAAUGGCGUUUUCUAUGGUAUGGCUUAACGGCCACUUGGUCGGCGGAUGGCCUAAUGGGUAUCUUACCUAUCGUCUUGACCUCACUCCAUACGUGAAAUUUGGAAAAGAGAACCACCUGGCAAUCCGGGCAGAGAAUCCUCAGUCGAAGAAAUUCUCUCGGUUAUAUCCAGGGGCGGGCAUCUACCGUGACGUCUGGGUCAUAAAGGUUUCUAAAACGCACGUCGCUCACUAUGGUACUCAUAUUUCGACGAAGGAUGUGUCAGCAAAAUCCGCCACUGUUGAUUUCUCCAUCACGAUUGAUAAUAAGGACACUACGCAGCAUCAGCCUGUCAAGGUCAUCACUAAAGUUUACAAAUACAAAGAUGGCAAGGUUGGGCAAAAGGUUGGCGCGUUCCCUAUUGAAAACCUUCGUUUAGUCCCUGGGGAGUCCCAUGCUUCCAAUACUUCAAUCACGAUCAAGAACCCCUCGCUCUGGGGGCCUCCUCCCACCCAGGAACCGAAUCUGUACAUCGCCAUUACUGAGUUGUAUGACCUGGAAAAUCGACUGCUUGAUGAAUACGAAACAACCUUCGGUAUUCGUACUCUUAACUUUGAGGCAAACAACAGCCUAUUUGUUAACGGUGAACACACCUAUAUACAAGGUGUUAAUUAG